AUGUCUGCCUACUUCUAUAACCAACACCAGCAACACCAGCAACACCCUCACCAUGGUGCUCACAUGCAGUCUGCUUCAAAUACCCACCACGGGCGCUCUCGUCGUGCCCCAAAGAUGGCCUCGCAGAAUGCUCAGCGUCAGUUCCGAGGAGUCAAGAGUAUGCGGGAAUUGGCGGAAGCUCCGGCUGUGACAGCCUUCCGUGCAAGAUUCGAGGCUGGCCGGUCCUUUGAUCUGGAUGACGACCUCGAGUUCUGUCCGGGUCUCCUGACUGAGGAUGAUCUGCACUCCAUCCACUCUGCUUCCGACCGCUCUUCUCUCUCAAGCGGCUCACCGGACACCUCGCCUCUGCAGCACCAAAUCCAACCGGUGCAGCAGGUGACCCCGUCCAUCUCUUUAUCCCCCGCUCAAACCAACUCAUACGUUCACUCUGGUGUUGCCGGCAACCCUAAUCAUGUCAACUACCAGCAACAGCAGCAGCCUGCGAACCGGACCCGCAAGGUCAUUCCGAUUAUCAACCCUUCGACCGGAAUGACCCUGUCAAGCCCGCCUUCAUCGAUCUCGCCCGCGAUGAUGCAGACUGCUCAGCGUCGAUGGUAA